GCAUAUAAUAACAAUGAAUACCCAAUGAACCCAGGUUAUAAAAAGAUGUUUACCUGCAACUAAACAUAAAAGUAACUUUCAUACCAGCCAAACAAAAAUUGUUAAGUUUAAUCUUCAAGUUUCAAUUUAAUAUUCAUUGAGAAUGGUUGUGGCUGCUACUUUAAUUGUUAUUCUCACAUUUUUGUGGAUUUACUUCCUUUGGUCCAGAAGGAAGUAUUAUGCAUUUGCUUUGAAAAUGCCUGGUCCACUUGGAUUUCCAAUCAUUGGUAUUGUCCACAAACUUUUUAAUUUGGCAGAUGUUCUAUAUGAGCUUCCUAAAUAUGCCAUUCAAAACAAUUUAAAAAGUUAUUUUUCCUGGCUCGGACCAUACCCAAUGGUUUACACAAUGGAUCCUAAAAUAGCUGAAAUAAUUCUAACUUCUCCAGAUUGUAUUGAUAAAUCAUGUAUUUAUGAUGCCAUUAACGAUAUAGUUGGUCCUGGAAUACUCACAAUAAAAGCUCCUGGUUGGAAUCAUCAUAGGAAACUUUUGAAUCCUGCAUUCAGUCACAAGGUUCUAUUAGGAUUUUUUCCAUUAUUUAAUAGGCAUAUUGAUGAAUUUUGUGAAAAAUUGGAACAAAAUGUCGAUUGUGGUGAAGUUAAUGUAAAAGAUCUUGUAUGCAAUCUUUCCCUAACAACAUCAGUUGCUACAACCAUGGGCUUGGAUUUUGAGAAGGAAUCCAGCACGAAGUUUCUUGGACUAUGCGAGAGAAUGUUGGAAAUGACAACUCAACGUGUAUUAAAUCCAUUUCUAGCUAACGAUACAAUAUUCCGUACAACAAAGUUACAUAAGCCAUUCUCAGAAUUAAAAGAUAGUGUACUGGGCUUUGCACAUAGUCUUGUUAUGAAGAGGAUUAAGGCGAUUGAACAUAAUGAACCAUCAGAAAAUAAACCCAACCACAAUAUUUUCAUAGAUCAUGUCAUUAAAAUUCAUCAAAACAAUGAAUAUACAUUUGAUGACAUAAUAUCAGAAGGAAAUAUUAUGGUAUUUGCUGCUUUUGAAACUACAGCAACGACUAUGUUUUCAACAUUAAUGCUUUUAGCAAUGCAUCCAGAAUAUCAAGAAAAAGUAUUUGACGAAAUUCUAACAAUUUUUCCUAACAAAGAUUUUGAAGUAAAAUAUGAAGAUUUCAAAAACUUAGUUUACUUAGAAAUGUGCAUCAAUGAAACUUUGAGAAUAUUUGCAUCAAUACCAAUGAUUGGGCGAAAUUGUUCCAAGGAUAUACCUAUAUCAAAAGAUAUAGUUAUUCCAAAGGGUACUCAAGUAAUUGUGGACAUAUUCAAUAUUCAAAGAGACGAAGAUAUUUGGGGACCUGACGCAGCAACUUUUAAUCCUGAUCAUUUUCUACCAUCGAAUCUGAUUGGUCAUCAUAGUUACUCUUUUAUACCAUUUUCAAAAGGACCAAGGAAUUGCAUAGGUUGGCAAUAUGCAAGGAUCUUCUUAAGAAUUGCUUUGGCUCAAGUUAUUCGAAAAUAUCGGUUCACAACCAAAUUUAAAUUUGAAGAUAUUAGAUGUGUCGAACACAUUACUUUGCGCUACGAAAAACUUCCUUUAUUAGAAGUUCAUAAGAGAUAACUUUUCCCAAAUAAAAAUUGUGUGAUUGUGUAAUAAAUAAAUAAAAAAAGAGAUCUUCUUUUUAAA